CCGGCUUCACUGAGAGAGACGCUUUUACAGGUGUUUUGAUGUAGCUGCUCUGGGCUGAGGGCUGCUGGCGCUUACACUGACAGUUAACGUUAUACAGCCCUGAAAUUGACGUCGUGGGAUAAAUUGCGCAGUCACCUCAUCCCUGAUAAAGGUUGACUGCUGGCUACACUAUGGAGUCCAUGCUUAAUAAGCUAAAGAGCACAGUCACCAAAGUGACUGCUGAUGUGACUAGUGCUGUCAUGGGAAAUCCAGUGACACGGGAAUUUGAAGUUGGCCGACACAUUGCAAGCGGGGGACCGGGGAUGUGCUGGAGGAUCUACAACGGCACUAAGAAAUCCACAAAACAGGAAGUAGCAGUCUUUGUAUUUGACAAGAAGAUUGUUGACAGAUACCAGAAGUUUGAGAAGGACCAGAUCAUCGAUUCACUUAAAAAAGGAGUUCAGCAGCUAACUCGCUUACGACACCCACGCCUUCUUACAGUUCAGCAUCCUUUGGAGGAGUCGAGGGACUGCCUGGCAUUUUGCACAGAGCCAGUGUUUGCUAGCCUGGCUAACGUGCUGGGCCAGUGGGACAAUCUGCCAAGCCCUGUUCCCACAGACAUCAAAGACUACAAACUCUACGAUGUUGAGACCAAGUAUGGUUUACUGCAGAUCUCAGAGGGCCUGUCAUUCCUGCACAGUGGAGUAAAGAUGGUACAUGGUAACCUGUGUCCAGAGAACAUCAUCCUAAAUAAAAGUGGAGCCUGGAAGAUCAUGGGCUUCGAUUUCAGCAUCUCUUCCAGCAACCCAUCAGAUGCUGAGCCAAAAUACGUCUGUAAGGAGUGGGACCCCAACUCGCCCCCUCUCUGUCUCCCCAACCCGGAGUAUGUGGCUCCGGAAUACAUCCUGUCAGUUAGCUGUGACUCCGCCUCUGACAUGUACUCAUUAGGAGUGGUCGUGCAUGCGGUCUUCAACGAGGGGAAGCCAGUCUUUCGGGUCAACAAGCAGGACAUCUUCAAGAGCUUCAGCAGGCAACUAGACCAGUUGAGUCGUCUGAGUCCUGGAGUGCUGAGCAAAAUCCCAGACGAGGUGCGAGAACAUGUGAAGAUGCUGCUGAGUGUCACAGCCAACGUGAGACCAGAUGCUGAUCAGAUGACAAAGAUCCCCUUCUUUGACGAUGUUGGUGCCGUGACCCUGCAGUAUUUUGAUUCGCUCUUCCAGAGGGAUAAUUUACAGAAGUCCCAGUUCUAUAAAGGCCUCCCUAAAGUCCUACCCAAGCUGCCCAAGAGGGUGGUGGUGUAUCGAAUCUUGCCAGCUCUCACCUCAGAGUUUGUGAAUCCGGACAUGGUGCCGUUUGUGUUGCCCAAUGUGCUGCUCAUAGCAGAAGAGUGCACAAAAGAGGAGUAUGUUCGUCUGAUUUUACCAGACCUCACCCCAGUGUUCAAACAACAGGAGCCCAUUCAGGCCAGCAACAUGAUCCUCCUGAUCUUCUUACAAAAGAUGGACCUGCUUCUCACAAAAACACCUCCUGAGGACAUCAAGAACAGUGUGCUCCCCAUGGUUUACAGAGCACUGGAGGCUCCGUCCAUUCAAAUCCAGGAACUGUGCCUGAACAUCAUCCCCAGCUUUGCUAAUCUGAUUGACUAUCCAUCCAUGAAGAAUGCACUUAUCCCUCGCAUCAAAUCGGCCUGUUUGCAGACCUCUUCGCUGGCUGUGAGGGUGAACUCGUUGGUGUGCUUGGGGAAAAUCCUGGAGUAUCUAGAUAAGUGGUUUGUCAUUGAUGAAAUCCUGCCUUUCCUGCAGCAGAUUCCGUCCCGGGAGCCAGCUGUACUCAUGGGAAUUCUGGGUAUAUACAAGUGCACUUUUGCCCAUAAGAAACUAGGCAUCCCAAAGGAACACCUCGCAGGGAAAAGUGUGCCUCAUUUGGUCAGCAUCAGUAUUGAAAACAACCUCAACCUCAACCAAUUUAACUCUUUCAUGGCUGUGAUCAGAGAGAUGCUGAAUCGAAUGGAAGCAGAACACAAGACCAAGCUGGAGCAACUCCACAGCAUGCAGGAACAGCAGAGGAGCCUAAAUCUGUCCAACCAGAUGAACCCAUCAGAGGACACAAAGAGUUCCCCUAAUGUGUCGAGUCAGGUUCGAGAUAUUGAUGACAUAUUUGGUGGAAGCUCAGCGAGUACAGGAGUAAAUGGUAAAGAGAACGGCUCAUCCGCCACCAUCUCGCAGCCCUCUAGAGUUUCUCUGACCCUGGAGGAGAAGCAGCGGUUGGCUAAGGAGCAGGAGCAGGCUGCCAAACUAAGGAGCCAGCAACCUCUGGCACCACAGACUGUGAAACCUGCAACAACAACCACACAGGCAAAGGACUUAACCAGCAGUCUACUGAACAACAUGACCUCACUUAACACCUUAUCCCUGAGCUCUGGCCCUCGGACAACGCCCAUGCAGACUGGAGGCGCACUCUCUUCUGGCUUCUCCAGUGGACCCAACAUGAGUGGCAUGGGUACCAUGAACAAUGGUUUCAAUUCCAACAUGGGCUUCCACGCUGGGGGCAUGGGAAUGCGGCCAGCCACCCCUGGCCUGUACGGAGGGAUGGCGACCACCACCAGCACCCCGAACUUCAGCGCCCUCACACAGAACCAGACUCAGCCCAGCAAACCUCCGGACAUGUCAGCCCUGGAUUCCCUCUUCUCUGCUAGCAAGCCCAAAGUCAGCUUGAACCAAAUGACCCCCAAACCAGUCGCCGGCCCUGCCGCCCCGUCCCCCUGGCUCAACCAGUUCGGUGCAGGCCAGCCCUCGCAGACUGCCGGCAUGCAGGCAGCACCGAUUGGCAUGGCAGCAGCAGGGUCGCAAGGUGGGUUUGGAAUGCAAGCUAACCCUUUCUUUAACCCACAGAACUUCUCACAAGCUGGAGCUAACCCCACCAUGAACACGGGAAUGUUGAAACAGAGCGCUUCGGUCAAUAACGAUCUGAAGGACCUCUUUGGUUAAACCAGUUCUGGCUGACUGUCGUUCUUCUUUCUAUUUGCCUGUCAACAGAGAGCUCUAAAGGAAAUGAUAUCAACAAUGCCGUGGAUAAAUAUGAGGGUGAAGAAGAUCUUUAUAGUCCAUCUUAAUGAACCACUGCCUGCUUUUUGCUUUGUUUUUCAUCUGGUUAAUUUUGAGUUGUGUAUAACUGUAUAAUUUGUGGUGGACCUUUUUAUUUUUAUUUUAUUUUUAUUUUUUUUGAGCAUCAGUAAAUCAGAAGACGGCCACCAGCCUUAAGCAGGCAGGUUCAUGCAUAUUUCUUCUAUACAUCACACUCGUCUUACUGGUAUUUCUGCCUGAGUACUGCAUACCAGAGGUCUAUACACAUACAUAUACAAACAUUCUUAACAACAGACACGCAGGCAAGGUGUGGAGAAUCUUCCACUAAGUACUUGAGCCGAACACCUUCAGCCUAAUCUUUGUCUGCUUCAUCUCUAGCGUGUGGUUGGUGUGGGUGCUAUACCACACGUUAAAAUAUCUCAAUACUGUUUUACGGUAUUAUUUGUAUUAUUAAAAUGGCAUGUGCUUAAUAGGGUGGGAGAAAAUAUCAGUAUUGCGAUAUAUUGUAUCGUUUUUGUUCGCAAUACAUUAUCAAUAAGUGGCAUCAAAUGUAAAUAUAUUUAUUGAAACAUAGGCAAUCUGAAAUUCCUAAGACUUGUCUCCAAAUUUGAUUACUGAUAUUACUGCUUUAUUACUCCAUGUUGCGGUGCUAAUCUAAUGAUAGGGUAAACCUGCAGUAAGGAAUAUUGGUUGUUUAAUUCUGUGAAACUGAGACCAAUAAAUCCAUAAUUCCUGUUAUUUGAGGAUUUUAUCCUUGCGAUAUAUCGAGUAUCACAGAAUCACAGUAUGGUGAUUUUUUUUAUGUAUAAACUGCACUAAAUCCAACUAACCAGGCCUAAUUAUUAAGGGUGUAUAGGUACAUUAUGAUGCAUUCCUGGUACACACCUAAAACUGUGGAUGGAGGAAUAUUAAAUACCCACACAAGUUCAGAAAUGGAACGUCGUCCCAUCCAUCUACACCUCACUCCAACUCCUGUAAUUCAUGUUACCUUGCAAUGAGCACACUGGCCAGUGUACAACCUUAUUCACAUGAUAACACCUCACAACUUUAUAAAGCUGUUGAUGUUCCCAAACCGUCCUAAGUUGACACUUUAUAAUCAUUUAACAUAACGAUUUCUUGGCAUGUCCGUGUGUAUCGCAAUACUGAUAACUUACUUACUACCACAAUAAUUCAGUACUGUACUGAGCAAAACAAUACUGUACUGCUGCAACAAUUGCUGCAAAGUGGCUUCUACUAAGUGUGUGCGCUAUGAAUGCUGCAGACAGAGAUCUGGCUGAAACUAUUGAAGUAUUGCUUUAAUUGCUGUCCAUCCAGUACUGAGACCAUGUCACACUAUUCCUCUAUAGUUCUGUGGAUGGAUGAAGUUUGAGAAGGCUGCACUUUAGCUUUGUUUUAGGCAGGCAGACCAAUAGGCUUUUUCCUUCUUCCUCAUUUAACUGAUCUUUUCCUCACACUAGCCAUGUAUCUUCAGGUCCGAUUUAAACCACUUUCGUUUUCUGUCAUUUGAGCAAAUGAACAUGACCGAAGUCUCAGAAAAGAUUACAAAGAAAACAUUAGAAAAGGUGGAAUGUUUUAUCUCUGCUGUUUGUUUGAAUGUGUGUGUGUGAGAAUGUGUGUGAUGACAAAAUAAUGGAGGGAACCUGUUUUUAAUGUAUCUGUUUGGGUUCUGCCUUUUUCUGUUUUUGUAUUUUUAUUCAGAAUGGGGUUAUAUAACAGUUGCUGGGUUGCACACUGGAGUGUUAUGUGCAGUUUAAUGAAACAUGCAGAUUUCUCAUUAGAUCUGCAGUAUAAUGAAACCUUUUGAAUUUUAGUUUAAGUGUUUACGUGUAUGGAAGCAUUUAAACGCCAAUGAAGUUAUCUGCAUAAAAAUACAGAUUAGCUGAAACCCAAUAGGUAGUAAUUAUUUCAAUUAUUUCAACUUGUGUAGUUUUAUGGGUUAUAAGACAGUAACACUUUUAAUAUUAAAAAGCUUUAUUGGCCUUUAAAAGCUUCACUAGACAGUCUGUUUAUGUAUGUUUGUGUACCUAUGUUUGUCCAGCUGGUGUGCGUCCAUAUAUUUUGUAAGUAACCUAUUGUUGCUGUCAUGCAAAAAUCUUUAGUCUCUCAUUUUCUGUUUUUCAAGUUCUUUAAAGUUUUGUCUAAAUUUCCUGAUGAAUGGACCAAUAGAAACAAAUUAACAAAUUCAAUCUUUUUACAUUGACUUUCAUUAAAAGUCAAAAAGGAUUUUUUUCUGUACUGUAAAAUUGCAAUUUGUGAGAUAUAAGGUUUUUGUCCAAGAGUGACAAUAUGUUUUGUUCUUUUGUUGCAUGUUACUGAUCAUACCUGCACUGGAGCCAAUGUGAUGGUAGUACUGGGACAGAGUGGGUGGAGGGAGGGGUUUAAAAAAAACAAACAAGAAAACAAGAACAGAGAAGAAAAGCCGCACACCGGUCAGCUUAACAUUUUAUUCCUCAUCAUGACCAAAUAGAUAGCUGAGACACGGCGAGCCACUCUCCUAGAACUGUGUAUAGUAUUUACAUAUCAUAGUGAAUGAAGUGUAUAGUAUAUUGAGAUUUAUUUGAUAUGGGUUAGGAUUUUUUAAUAUAUUAUCUAUUGAUCACUUUCUCAAAGGGGACCUCUGAGUACGAGUGAAUGAAUGGAGAAAAAACAGAAGCCUUAUGAAGAGAGGUGUGCAAUAAUAGGACUUUUGAAGGGUUUUGUAAAAGGCUUGAUGUGAAUGAGUGAGUGUUUUAACACAUGCAGUUUUCAUAUCUAAGCAGUAUCUGGGCUUUGUUUUCAAUAAAUGAAUUACACACUGGAUUGUCAUCAGAGAAGUAAUUUGGAAAUUUUGGAAGUUUGUUUAAUUGAUUUGUGAGCAGAGGGUCUUAUUCACCAGCCAUAUGUAAGAAGAAAUUACGUUAUUUAACCUCCUGUUAUGUUGACCUUUAAGAAACGGCAGUAAUGUUCCAAAGUCAGAUGAAAAAGCCAGCCAAAAAAAAAAUCAAAUUUUAAUUUCAGAUUAUGGUUCCUCUAUGAUAAUGAUAAUUCUAUAAGUAAAUAAAAAAUAGUCAUAGGUUUUUAUCUAAAUAUUUACAUUUUAAAGCCCAUAUUGUCAACAAUAGUUCAAAUUAAGUUUGUAUUAUUCAACAAUGUAAAACAAUAGACAUUUUACCUCAAAUAAUAUAAAUAUAUAUUUAAUAUUGUGUUAAAAUGUUCACCUCUUACAAAUCAUGGUUCGUUUAUGAUAAUUCCCUGUAGUUCACCAUAAAAAGCCCUUAUUGUGACUAAUGGCUCAAACUGACCCGUGUUUAAUCAUGUUUAACAGUCCAAAACUUAAAUGUAUUUAAUAAUAUUUUUCUCUAGCUUUUCUUUAGCUUAAUUCAUAUACAUUUCCAUAUCAAACGUUUAGCAUCACUUCUGGGUCAAACUGACUUGUACAGUGUGUGUGUAAUCUUAAUAACUCUAAAAUAAUAUAGACACAUUUAAAUGAGUAAUAUUCCAAUUCCAUGUUCAUUGAAAUAGUCAGGGUUAGGUUUAAGGUUUACUGCUCUAAUGACCUGCAACAUUUCUGCAGUUUUCAUGAAGGAUCUUACAUAAUAAUAAUGGUUUUCUCAUUUGGAAUUUAUUUAUUUUAUGAGGACAAUUACUUUUCUCAAGAGGAUUUCUAAGAAAAUCAUUAAAACCUGAAAUGGCUGGUGAAUGAGGCCCAGUGAUCUGGAAAGGAUAUUGUAUGUUGUGGGGAAAUCAUUUGCUUGAAAGAAAUCCUCUGCAUAGGACGAAUGCUUAGAUUUUGCUGUGUUAAUUCUUAGGUGAUAUUUAGUUGAACCAGAAAUUCAGAAUUUUCCUUACAGUAAACUGGACUUUACCCUCUGUUAUUGGACCCGGUUCCAGUUGCCAGCAAGACUACUUACUAAUUUCACACCUAAAUGAAUGGAACACAAAAAAGAAAAAAAAAAGAAAAGAAAGCCUAUUCUUCUAUCAGAAUCUUUAUAUUCCAGCGAUGUAAUGUGUACAAUGUGGCUUCUUUGUGAACUUUGUAUUGUGUUACGGGGUUGUAUUGUCUGAAGUUGAGAGUUUUCAUGGAAAUCUGUACAUAUUUAUCAAAAUACACUUGAUGACUUUCUCUUUAA